AUUGGAAAACAUAGAGGAGGAGGAGGAGAGAGGGAGACAGAAACCCUGCCCAGUGCACUGAACGGUUUCCUCUUGCCUGGUUCUAAACCGUUCAGAUUCCUUCAGACCUUCAGAGAGCCUGAAGUUUUCUCAUCUCUACUGCCCUGUCUGCGAGGCUUCAUUGAAAGAUGCGGGCCUGGAUCUUCUUCCUUAUCUGCCUAGCUGGCAAGGCGCUGGCAGCACCUCAGGAAGCCCUGCCGGACGAGAUUGAAGUAGUGGAGGAUCCUACAACCAUGGAGCCUGUCGGAGUCAAUCCCGUCCAGGUGGAGGUGGGGGAGUUCGAGGAGCCCACCGAGGAUGUGGAGGAGAUCGUCGCUGAGAAUCCCUGCCAGAACCAUCACUGCAAGCACGGCAAAAUCUGUGAGGUGGACGACAACAACACCCCUAUGUGUGUGUGCCAAGACCCCUCCACCUGCCCACCCAGCGUUGGCCUGUUCGAGAAGGUGUGUGGCACUGACAACAAGACCUAUGACUCCUCCUGCCACUUCUUUGCCACCAAGUGCACCCUGGAGGGCACCAAGAAGGGACACAAGCUCCACCUGGACUACAUCGGGCCCUGCAAAUACAUUCCUCCUUGCCUGGACACAGAGCUGACCGAGUUCCCCCUGCGCAUGCGCGACUGGCUCAAGAACGUGCUGGUCACCCUGUACGAGCGGGACGAGGACAACAACCUGCUGACGGAGAAGCAGAAGCUCAAGGUGAAGAAGAUCCAUGAGAACGAGAAGCGCCUGGAAGCCGGCGAGCACACGGUGGAGCUGCUGGCCCGGGACUUUGAGAAGAACUACAACAUGUACAUCUUCCCCGUGCACUGGCAAUUCGGCCAGCUGGACCAGCAUCCCAUUGAUGGGUACCUGUCCCACACCGAGCUGGCCCCACUCCGAGCGCCUCUCAUCCCCAUGGAGCACUGCACCACCCGCUUCUUCGAAGAGUGCGACCUGGACAACGACAAGUACAUCGCCCUGGAGGAAUGGGGCAGCUGCUUCGGCAUCAAGGAGAAGGACAUUGACAAGGACCUCGUGAUCUAAGCCAGCAGCUUCCUUCUUUGUUGCCUCCUCUUUUUUUUACCUCCUGUUUCCUUUUAUUUUAAAACCUUUUUUGUUUUGUUUUUUCCCCUGGGGACAAGGUGCUAAUAUAGAUUUAAACGUUUAUUAACGGUGCUAAAAGAGACAACAACUUAUUGUUAGUAGCCUAAUGAAUACCACUAGAAUACUCUGCUCACUCAUCCAUUUCGGUGUAUUCCUCUCUGCUCUCUGAUUCGACAACAACAUUACAAUAACCAGCCCUGUUCCUGUGCUAAAUAGCUACUCCCUCUUCUUAUCCGCUCUUGAUUUUUUUUCCAAACUCCUUACUAACAUGUUCUUCAGAUCUUUCAAUGUAGAGCAAAGCCAUCCCAGAGGAUUAACUCCCUGAUUUUCAGACAGCAAGUGAGGGAAGAUGUAUCCAGAGGACGUUAGAAGAUUGGGCUUUCCAAAGUUUAGCGGAGCAAUUGGUGGUGAAAGUUUGGGGUGCUGGAUUUUAGUUCCUGUUAGGGAGGAUGGAGAAGGGAGUGGGAUAGACACUGAAGAUCCAGAAUGGCAAAAUUUAAAUUCCCAGGGCUUGAAUUUAUGAAUAAUUGGGCAUAAAUAGUUUUUAAAAAACGCACAAAUUAAAAACAACCCAUCAUGUAAAAUCCCCUCUAAAAAUAAAGGUUUGAAAAUGCUACAUGCUUUAUUAUUACUCAGUGAUUGUAUUGUUCUUGUGUUUUCCAUGCUUUAAAGUUAGCUUUUGGUGCUGA